GACCUACGAGAAGUGUGGCUCAACUACCCGCCCCAUCCUCUGCAGGUUGGUUGGAAAUGAUCCAUUUUGUCUGUUUGUCCCUACAAUGUAUAGCUCAGAAUAGAUAUUGUAUGUACACUGCAUGACCAAAAGUAUGUGACAACCUGCUCGUCAAACAUCUCAUUCCAAAAUCAUGGGCAUUAAUAUGGAGUUGGUCCCCCCUGGAACUUGGUAGUGAGUGUUGCAACGGAGGACAGAAGAUUUUUACAUGCUAAGCACUUCAGAACUCGCAGGUCCCGUUCUGUGCGCUUGUGUGGCCUACCACUUCACAGCUGAGCCGUUGUUGCUCCUAGACGUUUCCUCUUCACAAUAACAGCACUUACAGUAGCAGGGCAGAAAUUUGACGAACUGACAUGUUGGAAAGGUGGCAUCCUAUGACGGUACCACGUUGAAAGUCACUGAUCUCUUCAGUAAGGCCAUUCUACUACCAAUGUUUCUCAAUGGAGAUUUCAUGGCUGUGUGCUCGAUUUCAUACACCUGUCAGCAAAAGGGUGUGGCUGAAAUAGCCAAAUCCAUUAAUUUGAAUGGGUGUCCACAUACUUGUGUAAAUGUUGCUAAGACUGUAGAAGACGUCUGUGUGUCUGUCGUGUGCCUACAGCAGACAGGGCUCGUUGUGUGUAUAGGUGCAGCAGGCGGUGUGUGGUCCUCUCUAUUCUCUAGCUGCUGUUUCUGCUCUUUCUCUUUCUUACUGUUACCCAGACACUCUCUUGCUCUUUCAUGCUCCGUCUCUGUUUCUCGCUAUAUUUUAUUAUCUUUCUUUCUCUCCUCAUACUGUCUCAUUCUUUCUCUCUACUAUUCUCUCUCUCCCUCUCUUCCCCCCUUGCUUUGCAUGAUCUGCCUAGAAACAUUGGGUGUAGAGAGAAGAGCAUGUUUAUUUGAAAUCAGGAUUUGGGAGAAGAGAUCAAAGAUGGUGUAACAGGAUUAUUCUGCAGUCACAAAUCACAUGGGGCCUCCAGGGACCCAAAUGCUGCUUAUGUGUGGGUGUGCGCCAUAGUGUGUUGUUGUGUGUCAGUACAACUUAUUUUCUUUGUUUUACCAAAAGGUUCCUGCCGCUCAUUCUUGACUUGUUACUAGCGUCUAACGACGGUAGCUGGUGGUAAUUUCAGCCAUGCCCUUCCCACCAGCAGCCUUGGAGGUCAGGGUCAGGGUAGAGCCUUGGAGUCAAUCCCACAAUACUCAGCGGUCCGGGAGGGACCACUGCUGGGUAAUUACGAGGUUUAGAGCAAAAGGCCAUCCUUCCAUCUCUCCAUAUUUCCACCCUGAUUCAGUCUGCUGUGGGUCUCCUCCUACUUACCUUACAUGGCUGGCUUAGUUUAUGGACGCUUGAUUUCAAUGACCUUUGACAUGAGUUAAUAAUUUUACGAUAAGAACAUUAUUUAAGUGAAGACAUAUGUUUUUGGUUAUGUUGGUGAAGUUGGUUAGCAGAGGCACUCUCUCUGACCUUAAAGGGUUACUAGGUGCCUCUUUCGCUCUCUUAGCCUCAAGGGUUACCAGUUGUCUCGCAGCCUCAAGGGUAACCAGAUGUCUUUCAGCCUAAAGGGUAACCAGGUGUUUCUUUCUCUCUCAGCUUAAAGGGUUACUAGGUGCCUCCCUCUCUCAGCCUACAGGGUUACAAUAUGCCCUUUGGCUCCAGGAAGGACAUGAAUGCGGAUGAGUUAGUUAGCUGAAAGAGAUUCACCAAUAAUGAGGUCCAGGCUUAUGGUGAUGCAAAGCCAUCUCCAGGAUCCUGUUCUGUAGUAAUUGUGUGUUCGUGCUCCUCUGUUUCUGUUGGCCCAUGUGCUACAUUAGCAUAAGCACCAUGGCUAAGUGCUGCCUGCGCUGUGCUGCGCUCCGGGCUCAGUCAGUCUGUGGAGAGUGAACAGAGCAGAACGGUUCCUUGUUGACAACAUGCACAUCUUCAUGUCCUCCCUCUUCCCUUCUGCUCUCUCUCUCUGCACCAGCCUCAUCACCCCCCUCGGCUCUCUGAAAUCAUUUACCACUGUGUCAUUCACGGCCACACGCAACGCAAACUUAACAUCCCCUUUUGGUUCAGUGUGAAUGAGUAUGAAUAUGGAGACUGACUACUUUCCAUGCUUUAGGUCAGGACUGUGAGACCCAGAGAGCUCAGAGAGUAGUGAUGGGGGACAACAUCUAUAGUUGCUUAUCGCAACGUUAUUUUUGGACUAUAUUAUAUUGAUAUUUGACUCCGUUAGCUAGCGCAAGUCGGCUGUUUUUCAGCACUUUUAUUCCCAUGUCUGGUCAAAACCCGUUUUCUCAUGUCUCUCUGCAGCAGCCAUAUAAGGAGCAGUAUGUUUAGGACAUCAUAUUGCAAUAAAAUCACAAUAUUGAAUCGCAAUACAUAUUGUAUCAGUACCUAAAUAUUGGGACAAUAUCGUAUCGUGAGGUCGCUGGCAAUUCCCAGACCUAUCAGAGAGGCAGCUGGGCCGGAGUGUGCUCAAAUUUACACUUUGAAUUGAAAGGGGAUACCUAGUCAGUUGCACAACUGAAUGCAUUCAAACAAAAUUUGUCUUGCGCAUUUAACCCGGUCGGUUUUCCACAUGUUUUUAUUUUUCAUGAAUGAUUUCGAUUUUUCCUUUUGAAAUGUUGCUAGCAGGCCAGUCAUCAUUCCCUUAGAAAAACUCCACAGAAAAAAUGUGUCAAACUAAAUGCCAGACUAAAAAUAUGUGUUUGUGUGCUACAGUGUUAUGAAUGCUGGACUCGUCAAAUGCCGUUAGUGGUGACGCAUGACAUUUAAACAGUUGUCGUUAAUUAAGAGGAAGGCAGAUGUGAAAGUCUUCUUUGGGGCUAAAGUGGGAAGACGGAACCAUGACAUUUCCAGCAGCCGUCCAAUUAAAAUGUAGAGUUGGCAACCAACCACUCUGUCUGUUUGACACUUGGCGUCUAGCUAUUCCACCACUGCUUAGUCUAUAUUUCUUAAAUGAAAGCAGACACAAACUCAAUGGAACAAUCAGCAAUGUUUACUGUUGUCCAGUGCUCAUUGGAAUAUAUACUGUGUGUACAAAACAUUAGGAACCCCUGCUCUUUCCAUGACAUAGACUAUCCAGGUAAAGGCUAUGAUCCCUUAUUGAUGUCACCUGUGAAAUCCACUCCAAUCAGUGUAUAUGAAGGGGAGGAGACAUGUUAAAUAAGGAUUUUUAAGCCUUGAGACAAUUGAGACAUGGAUUGUGUAUUUGUGCCAUUCAGAGGGUGAAUGGGCAAGACAAAAUAUGUAAGUGCCUUUGAAAGAGGUAUGGUAGUAGGUGCCAGGCGCACCGGUUUGAGUGUGUCAGGAACUGCAAUGCUGCUGGGUUUUUCACGUUCAACAGUUUCCCGUGUGUAUCAAGAAUGAUCCACCACCCAAAGGACAUCCAGCCAACUUCACACAAGUGUGGUAAGCAUUGGAGUCAACAUGGGCCACCAUCCCUGUGGAAAGCUUUAGAUACCUUGUAGUCCAUGCCCCGUCGAAUUAAGGCUGUGCAACUCAAUAUUAGGAAGGUGCUCCUAAUGUUUUUACACUCUGUGUAUAUACACACUCAGGAUUGUGACUAACUGUACUGUACAGUAUCAUAUCAGGCAGACAUCUGGAGUUGAGAGAGACUCUUAUAGAAAGUUUACAUACAUUUUGUACUAACCUACUUACAGUACAGUGUUUUAUACAUGUGAAGCCAACAAAGCUAACAAGGUCAAUUGGGUGGUGUAUAUUACGCAUUAAUGUCUACAUUAAAUGAUGACUACAUCCCAAAUGGGACCCUAUUCCCUAUAUAGUACACUAUUUUGACCAGGGCCCAUAGGGCUUUAUGUUUCUCCUGUCAAAAGUAGUGCACUAUAUAGGGGAUUAGGUGUCCUUUGGGAUGCAGAAAAUGUAACUGAAUGGUUGUUUCCAGUUAGGGAAUUGUAUUGUCAAACCUCCAUCAGCAGCAAGCCAGAGACCGCUUAGAUACUGCUCUCUACUAGAGGCUGAUGGAUGCAUCUAUUAGGCCUAGGAUCUCUGCUGAUUUAACACACACACACAGCCCUCUCCUGAUUUAACACAUGCGUUCUAGCAUAUUCCUUCCCCUUAUAAGUGAGAUCAUUAUUAUUAUGCAGUGAUCAAAUCAAAUGUUAUUUGUCACAUGCGCCGAAUACAACAGAUGUAGACCUUACAGUGAAAUGCUUACAAGCCCUUAACCAACAGUGCAGUUAUAAGAAAGAAUACCAAAAAAAAAUGCAAUAUAAAAUAAUACGUAAUAAAAGUAACAAAUAAUGAAAGAGCAGCAGUCAAAAUAACGAUGGCGAGGCUAUAUACAGGGGGUACCGGUACCGAGUCAAUGUGCAGGGGCACCGGUUAGUCGAGGUAAUAUGUACACUACCGUUCAAAAAUGGGGGGUCACUUAGAAAUGUCCUUGUUUUUUGAAAGAAAAACAAAACAUUUUGACCAUUAAAAUAACAUCAAAUUGAUCAGAAAUACAGUGUAAACAUUGUAUGCUUGGAGUAUACAUCCUGGUAAUCCGCCUGGCCCUGCGGCCUUGUGAAUGUUGACCUGUUUAAAGGUCUUACUCACAUCGGCUACGGAGAGCGUGAUCACACAGUCGUCCGGAACAGCUGAUGCUCUCAUGCAUGUUUCAGUGUUACUUUCCUCGAAGCGAGCAUAGAAGUAAUUUAACUUGUCUGGUAGGCUCGUGUCACUGGGCAGCUCGCGGCUGUGCGUCCCUUUGUAGUCUGUAAUAGUUUGCAAGCCCUGCCACAUCUGAUGAGCGUCGAAGCCGGUGUAGUACGAUUCGAUCUUAGUCCUGUAUUGACACUUUGCCUGUUUAAUGGUUUGUUGGAGGGAAUAGUGGGAUUUCUUAUAAGCUUCAGGGUUAGAGUCCCACUCCUUGAAAGCGGCAGCUCUACCAUUUAGCUCAGUGCGGAUGUUGCCUGUAAUCCAUGGCUUCUGGUUGGGGUAUGUACAUACAGUCACUGUGGGGACGACGUCAUCGAUGCACUUAUUGAUGAAUCCAGUGACUGAUGUGGUGUACUCCUCAAUGCCAUCGGAAGAAUCCCGGAACAUAUUCCAGUCUGUGCUAACAAAACAGUCCUGUAGCUUAGCAUCUGCUUCAUCUGACCACUUUUUUAUUGACCGAGUCACUGGUGCUUCCUGCUUUAGUUUUUGCUUGUAAGCCGGAAUCAGGAGGAUAUAAUUAUUGUCAGAUUUGCCAAUUGGAGGGCGAGGGAGAGCUUUGUACGCAUCUCUGUGUGUGGAGUAAAGGUGGUCUAGAGUUUUUUUUCCCCUGGUUGCACAUUUAACAUGCUGGUAGAAAUGAGGUAAAACAGAUUUAAUUUUCCCUGCAUUAAAGUCCCCGGCCACUAGGAGCGCCACCUCUGAAUGAGCGUUUUCCUGUUUGCUUAUUGCCGUAUACAGUUAAUUGAGUGCAGUCUUAGUGCCAGCAUCGGUUUGUGGUGGUAAAUAGACAGCUACGAAGAAUAUACAGUGAGGGGAAAAAAGUAUUUGAUCCCCUGCUGAUUUUGUACGUUUGCCCACUGACAAAGAAAUGAUCAGUUUGUAAUUUUAAUGGUAGGUUUAUAUGAACAGUGAGAGACAGAAUAACAACAAAAAAAACCUGAAAAACGCAUGUACAAAAAUGUUAUAAAUUGAUUAGCCUUUUAAUGAGGGAAAAAAGUAUUUGACCCCUCUGCAAAACAUGACUUAGUACUUGGUGGCAAAACCCUUGUUGGCAAUCAGAGGUCAGACCUUUCUUGUAGUUGGCCACCAGGUUUGCACACAUCUCAGGAGGGAUUUUGUUCCACUCUUCUUUGCAGAUCUUCUCCAAGUCAUUAAGGUUUCGAGGCUGACGUUUGGCAACUCUAACCUUCAGCUCCCUCCACAGAUUUUCUAUGGGAUUAAGGUCUGAAGACUGGCUAGGCCACUCCAGGACCUUAAUGUGCUUCUUCUUGAGCCACUCCUUUGUUGCCUUGGCCGUGUGUUUUGGGUCAUUGUCAUGCUGGAAUACCCAUCCACGACCCAUUUUCAAUGCCCUGGUUGAGGGAAGGAGGUUCUCACCCAAGAUUUGACGGUACAUGGCCCCGUCCAUCGUCCCUUUGAUGCGGUGAAGUUGUCCUGUCCCCUUAUCAGAAAAACACCCCCAAAAUAAUAAUGUUUCCACCUCCAUGUUUGACGGUGGGGAUAGUGUUCUUGGGGUCAUAGGCAGCAUUCCUCCUCCUCCAAACACGGCGAGUUGAGUUGAUACCAAAGAGCUCCAUUUUGGUCUCAUCUGACCACGACACUUUCACCCAGUUCUCCUCUGAAUCAUUCAGAUGUUCAUAGGCAAACUUCAGACGGGCAUGUAUAUGUGCUUUCUUGAGCAGGGGGACCUUGCGGGCGCUGCAGGAUUUCAGUCCUUCACGGCGUAGUGUGUUACCAAUUUUUUUCUUGGUGACUAUGGUCUCAGCUGCCUUGAGAUCAUUGACAAGAUCCUCCCGUGUAGUUCUGGGCUAAUUCCUCACCGUUCUCAUGAUCAUUGCAACUCCACGAGGUGAGAUCUUGCAUGGAGCCCCAGGCCGAGGGAGAUUGACAGUUAUUUUGUGUUUCUUCCAUUUGCGAAUAAUCACACCAACUGUUGUCACCUUCUCACCAAGCUGCUUGGCGAUGGUCUUGUAGCCCAUUCGAGCCUUGUGUAGGUCUACAAUCGUGUCCCUGACAUCCUUGGAGAGCUCUUUGGUCUUGGCCAUGGUGGAGAGUUUGGAAUCUGAUUGAUUGAUUGCUUCUUUGGACAGGUUUCUUUUAUACAGGUAACAAGCUGACAUUAGGAGCACUCCCAUUAAGAGUGUGCUCCUAAUCUCAGCUCGAUACCUGUAUAAAAGUCACCUGGGAGCCAGAAAUCUUUCUGAUUGAGAGGGGGUCAAAUACUUAUUUCCCUCAUUAAAAUGCAAAUCAAUUCAUAACAUUUUUGACAUGCGUUUUUCUGGAUUUUUGUUGUUGUUAUUAUGUCUCUCACUGUUCAAAUAAACCUACCAUUAAAAUUAUAGACUGGUCAUUUCUUUGUCAGUGGGCAAAUGUACAAAAUCAGCAGGGGAUCAAAAACUUUUUUCCCUCACUGUAGAUGAAACUCUCUUGGUAGAUAGAUAGUGUCUACAGCUUAUCAUGAGAUGCUCUACCUCAGGCGAGCAAAACCUUGAGACUUUCUUAGAUAUUGUGCACCAGCUGUUGUUGACAAAUAUAAGACCAUCACCCCUUGUCUUACCGAAGGCUACUGUUCUAUCCUGCCGAUACAGUGUAUAACCUGCCAGCUGUAUGUUAUUCAUCCACGACUCGGUGAAACAUAAGAUAUUACAGUUUGUAAUGUCCCGUUGGUAGGAUAUUCGUGCCUGUUGUUUGUCUACUUUAUUAUCAAGCAUUUGUAAGUUGGCCAAUAGUAUCGAUGUCAAAAGCAGAUUAGCCACUCGUUGCCGGUUCCUUUUCCAAGCACCCCGAUCUCCUUCCGCGAUAUCUCCUUUUCUUUCUACUGCAAAUGACGGGGAUGAGGGCCCUGACGGGUGUCUGGAGCAAAUCCCUCUCGUCUGACUCAUAAAAGAAAAAUGAUUAGUCCAGUUCAAGGUGAGUAAUCGCUGUUCUGAUUUCUAGUAGCUCUUUUUGGUCAUAAGUGACGGUAGCAGCAACAUUAUGUACAAAAUAAGUUAAAACAAUGCGAAAAAACAAACAAAAUAGCACGGUUGGUUAAGAGUCCCAUAAAACGGCAGCCAUCGCCUCCGGCGGCGCCAUCUUCUUACAUCUCUGUCUCUGUUAAAACCUGAACUGAACCAUGAUUAUUGUGUUUUGGGGGGGUUAAGAAAACACAUCAGGAAAACAUCUGACUAGAUAGAAAGCAUAUAGAAAAUAUAAUGGACUUAUAUAUUUUCAAAUAACUGCCCUAUUUCUGGCCUGCAAAUUUUGUUGGAAAAACGAAUCAGUAAAAACUAAUCUGAGCGGCCCUCCGUUGAAUUCCGAAAUCCCAAUAUGGCCCUCAAGCCAGAAAGUUUGCUCACCCCUAGUCUACUACCUCCCCUGCAGAACCAGAUUUUCCUAUCCCUGCUCUAAUCUUAACCACAGCUGAAUUUCAUGGAGGUGCCGCUCUUUUCAUGUCGUGUUUAGCUGUAAAUGCUGUGUUGUGUUUACCAGGUGCAGGAGCCGCAGACGGACAGGCAGCUGAUCGAGACGUCUCCGGUGCUUCAGAAGCUGACAGACUUUGAGGACACCAUCGGUGUUAUGUUCACACACUGUCGCCUGCUGGCCAGAGCUUUCACACUGAGGACCGUAGGCUUCAACCACCUCACACUGUGAGUAUGGGAGGGGUGUGUGUGUGCAUGUGUGCGUGGCUUCCCGGUCUAUCCUCCAUCCCAGUCCCGUAGUGAUGGAUGGACUGUGCAACUCUUAGUUGGCCCACAGCCUAAUCCUGGGGCUUUUACAGCCUGUGUAGUCCUCCCAGGGGACACUAAAGCCCCUCUCCAGCCAUUGCCAGCCGUUGCCUGACCCCACUAGUGAGGUCACAGCCCCACUCCCCCAUGGGAAAUGGAGGUUUUAAAUGUUGAUUAUAUUUACUUUGGUUCUUAUUCGUUCUCUCUCUCUCUCCCUCUGUUCAUUUGUCUCUCUUUGUUUCUCUCUUAGCUUAGUUUAUUGCUAAAGGUUUUAUUGACUUUAAUUGACACUUAUUGUGUUAUGGAUACACAUUUUUCUACGAAUAAUGUCUGAGAUAUUGUUAGACUUAAUUUCACCCCUGGUCUUUUCAGAUGCAAACGUCAAUAUAAUUGUCUCAAAAGGCAUUUAUAUAAAAUCAAAUAAUGGUGAAAUCAUUGAUUUUAUAAAGUUUCUGACAUUUGGAUUUUAAUUGAGUGAAAAACCACUGUGUUUCUCUGCCUGCUUCUCACCUUUUUAUAGAUGGCUUUCAUUGCUAGCAACUUACUGUAGAAAAAAUAGUGUUAAGAAUGGGUGUUUUUACUCAAGUGAAUGUAAACAAUGUGUUAUUGAAUAAGUCAGGUUUGAAUCACACUUGUCUCGAGAGUAAUCCAGUUACCUUUUGGUGUAAUACUGUAGCAUUGUUUUAAAAGCAAAGGAAAAGUUGCACACUCUAGUAGCUCCGAUGCAAUACUUCAUUAAUCAACGUUUCGACAGCAAGCUGUCUUUAUCAGGUUUUCACCAACUGUACUGUAGCAUUGUUCAUUCAUUGUGUUAAAAAUGCUCAUAAAAUGACAUGUAAUGGAACGUAAUUGCACGAGUAAUGUAGUCUUUUAGGAGACGCGCUUCACUGUGUGUUGUACACUAGGUUUAAAUGUUUGAUACAUUCACAAUAGUGAAACGUUAGCAACUCAAUAGUGAGCCUUGACAGCUAAACCAAAUGAGCAACUAGGACGUUUAAGGGUGUGUGCGCGCUGGUGUGUGCAUGGCGUGUGUGUGCGCGCUGGUGUGUGCAUGGCGUGUGUGUGCGCUCUGGUGUGUGCAUGGCGUGUGUGUGCGCGCUGGUGUGUGCAUGGCGUGUGUGUGUGCGCUGGUGUGUGCAUGGCGUGUGUGUGUGCGCUGGUGUGUGCAUGGCGUGUGUGUGUGCGCUGGUGUGUGCAUGGCGUGUGUGUGUGCGCUGGUGUGUGCAUGGCGUGUGUGUGUGCGCUGGUGUGUGCAUGGCGUGUGUGUGCGCGCUGGUGUGUGCAUGGCGUGUGUGUGUGCGCUGGUGUGUGUUUUAAUCCAUCACUUUAAUGUCAGAGCCUCUCACCACUCACGGUCAGUGAAGUCGAUUAGAGGGCUGGAAGUUGAGCUGUCAAGGUUACCUUUGAAAUGUUUCUCCUUCUCAAGGUAGAGACAGACGCCUGCAAUGCUAACCCAUUGUUGAUGCUCAUUUAUUAUUAAAUCAGUUUAUUCUAAAGCUAAUUCUUUAACAUUACAUUAUGAUAGCCACCUUUAUUACUCAGUUUAUUUUGAGGCAAUUAUUUACCAUUAGAUUGCGCAUUAGUCAAGCCCAAUGUAACGACUCCUGUGUCCAUAACACUAGAACCGCUGGGCCUUUCAGCAUAUAAGUACCCGCUAGAAAUUGUUGAGAACGUUGCCGGGAGACGCAUCAGAUGCAUGUCAACCCACAAGCUGCACAAACAUAAGGACCAACGCUUGAUAAAUAGUGCAUAAACAAUUGUUAAGGAUGAAUUACAUUAAGAAAUAUUUGUGGAAAUAUAUCCAUGACAAGAUACUGUAUCCCAUGUUUCCUUUUCUGUGCGCAUGAGCAACAGUAUAAUCUCUGAUGUGCUGCAACAUCUGCAUGGCACAUAAACAAAUAAAUAUGUGCUCUGGCAAUUUCUCUUUACAUGAGGUGUAGGGCCUGCUCUCUUUGUGAAGGUCGCCUUGUGCUCUCGUCACUCUUCUCUACCCAAACUGUGCCACUCCUUCCAGACUUCUGUCUCACCGUGGUAGUUGGGAUCACCGUUUGUUGGCCCAGUUCUGGUUUUUCUGUGGCGACGCUCAGGCAUCGGAUGCAGAGGCUUGAAGUCAACAUCGGAAUCAGAUGAAGACUCUUCCUCAGCAACGUCGAUUUCGAGCUCAAUAUCCGAUCCUUCAUCCGACUCCAGCUCAUCUAAAUUCUGCAGCGUUUGUAAUGCUGUCAGUGCGUCUGAUUUGACUCACCGAGGGGAGAUAAUAUAAAAUGUCCGGCCUUUCGUAAUAAAAUAAUUAGACCGCCCACAAUUCUUCAUCAUUGAUUAAAAUGUGAUGCUGAUAGAACUGAGUUUGAAAUUGAAUCAAAUCUAGCUUCAGAUAGUGUGAAUUGUGUCCAUUUAGAACAAGAGGUCGGUAGCAAUGGGAGUCUGAUACCUCCAAUGUAGGGCAACCUUAAGACAACGAUCUCUUCACACUGGAAAGUGAAAUGAAGGUUGUACAAUUGGAAAGUACACUAGAUAAAGGAGACGGGCGGGCACACACACACACACACACACACACACAGUAACCUCAUAGUGGUGGAAGUAGAUAGAUAGAGGCUGACCUUAGAGGAUGUGGAGCUGUGAGUUCACCCCUUUUAGAGAUCCCAGAGACAGGAGACCUCAGACUCUACCCUCUAAAUCCCUUUGGUUGCCUCCCAAAUGGCACCCUAUUCCAUAUGUAGUGUCAUACCGUUGACGGAAAGUAGUCCACUAUAAAGUGGGUUAGGGUGCCAUUUGGGAUGCAACCCUUUUCUCAUAGGCCCCUAAUGAUUAGGUCACUCAAUGGCUGCCAGGAUCAAUGAUCCCAAACCACUAGAGGACGCACCACUACUCUCCUCCCACUUCGCUCCGCUCAGGUAUAUACAGUGCAUUCGGAAAAUAUUCAGACACCUUGAUUUUUCCACAUUUUGGUACUUUACAGCCUUAUUCUAAAAUUGAUUCAAUAGUUUUUUUUCUUUCCCCCCUCAUCAAUCUACACACAAUACCCCAUAAUGACGAAGCAAAAACAGGUUUUUCAAAUUUUUUGCAAAUGUAUUCAACCCCCAUAAACUGAAAUACCACAUUUACAUAAGAAUUCAGACCCUUUACUCAGUACUUUGUUGAAUCACCUUUGGCAGCGAUUACAGCCUCGAGUCUUCUUGGGUAUUACACUACAAGCUUGGCACACCUGUAUUUGGGAAGUUCCUCCCAUUCUUCUCUGCAGAUCCUCUCAAGCUCUGUCAGGUUGGAAGGGGAUCGUUGCUGCACAGCAAUUUUCAGGUGUCUCCAGAGAUGUUCGAUCGGGUUCAUGUCCGGGCUCUGGCUGGGCCACUCAAGGACAUUCAGAGACUUGUCCCGAAGCCACUCUUGCGUUGUCUUGGCUGUGUGCUAAGGGUCGUUGUACUGUUGGAAGAUGAACCUUCACCCCAGUCUUAGGUCCUUAGCACUCUGGAGCAGGUUUUCAUCAAGGAUCUCUCGGUGUCAACUGUGGGACUUUACAUAAACAGGUGUGUGCCUUUCCAAAUCAUGUCCAAUCAAUUUAAUUUACCACAGGUGGACUCCAAUCAAGUUGUAGAAACAUCUCAAGGAUGAUCAAUGGAAACUGGAUGCACCUGAGCUCAAUUUCGAGUCUCAUAGCAAAGGGUCUGAAUACUUAUGUAAAUUAGGUAAUUCUGUUUUUAGUUUUUAUACAUUUGCAAAAAUUUCUAAACCUGUUCAUGCUUUGUCAUUAUGGGGUAUUGUGUGUAGAUUACUGAGGAAAAACAUUAAUUUAAUCAAUUUUAGAAUAAGGCUGUAACGUAACAAAAUAUGAAAAAGGGGAAGGGGUCUGAAUACUUACCGAAUGCACUGUAUAGCCUCCCCGGCCGGAUCAGGUCCAAAACCACCCCCCGGAUCCCUGCUGAGGGGAACACUAUUUCCCCAACUCCCAAGUCGCAGAGAAAAGCCACACACACAAGCACCCAGUCACGCACGUAUACACACAGGCAUUACAAAAUGGAGCAGUCGUCCCUGAAACGUGGUGCUCCUGAAGCUGUUAAAGGUGUUUUAGUUGAAAGUCAUGGCAGAAUAAAGACCUGGGAGAUUCACACUUUACUUCAAUUUUCCCCAUCCUUUCCCCUCCCUUAACCUUCCCACUACUACCGCUGCAUUGUGCCUCCUGUUGGUGGAAAUAAGGGACGGCUCUUUGUGCCUUUCACACUGAAACGCUUUACUUCUUCCCCGACUCUCUCUCGUGCCUUCUCGCUUUUUUUCUCUCUCUAGUUUUCUCUCUUGCCCUUUUUCUUUCUCUCGUUCUCUCUCUCUCUCUCUCUCUCUCUCUCUCUCUCUCUCUCUCUCUCUCUCUCUCGUUCUCUCUCUCUCUCUCGUUCUCUCUCUCGUUCUCUUCUCUCUCUCUCUCUCGUUCUCUCUCUCUCUCUCUCUCUCUCUCUCGUUCUCUCUCUCUCGUUCUCUCUCUCUUCCGCUCUCGCUCUCACCCUCCUAAUGAAGCACAUUCCAGAAGACUUUCCCAGUUCAGAUAAGCAGUGUAACAUAAAACCCGCCAGCCGGCGCCACAGAAAGGGGACAAUAAACUCUGACUGAUGUGAUUCUCUCCCCCCUUCCUUUGCUCCUCUCCCCUCAGCUCUAACUGUACACUCCUGCUCUAACCUGCUGAUCCUCAUAUCUCUGGUGUCUUCCCAAAUAACACCCUAUUCCCUAAGCAGUGCACUACUUUUAACUAGUGCCCUAUGGGCCCUGGUCAAAAGUAGUGCACUAAAUAGGGAAUAACAUGCCAUUAGGGAUGCGACCCAUGUCUAUGUAAAUCUCCCUCUCCACUCCACUCUUCUCACUGUGGUCUGUGAUACCCGCCCUGGCUCCUUGGCACAGCAUCAACCUACAUCUGCAACACUGAUCUAUAAUUCUGUUUAAUUAAAGAGCAUUAUUGCGCAGCGCCUCUCCUCCAUCUCCUACUACACUGCAGUUAGAGUAAAGUGCACCCCCCCCCGUCCAGCACGGUACUACUGCAUAGAAAGUAUGAAGUUCAGUCACUCACUGAAGAUGAUCAAACACAUCCAUAGAUAUCAGUGGGGUUGAGGGUUUAAUGUUGGAAGGGGUGUGUGUGUGUGUGGUGUGUGUUUGCGCACGCCUGUGUUUGCGCACGUAUUGUGCAUAGUCCCGUGUAGCUCAGUUGGGUAGAGCAUGGCGUUUGCAACGCCAGGGUUGUGGGUUCGAUUCCCACGGGGGGCCAGUAUGAAACAUUUAUUUUCACUCACUAACUGUAAGUCGCUCUGGAUAAGAGUGUCUGCUAAAUGACUAAAAUGUAAAUGUAAAAUGGCUGCUUGUCGUAGUGCAGUGGUAUCAUUGAUUUGAUCCAAGCUUGUAAUUCUAUUUAACAUUUAACAGUAUAGACUUUGUGCGUGUGCAUUAGUGCUUUAGUGCAUCACUUUCAGCACGCCACUCUUAAAAAUGCACUAUGCAGAAAUCCCUCCGCCAUUUCCUGGUUGCUAAAAUUCUAAUAGUUCACCUAAUUUCAGUUUAUGUGACAAAAUAAGCAAGUAUCGUGUAGAGAAUCAUUGUACCAUCUAUUCCAUAACCAAAAAUAUAGUUUUUUCAGCUGUUUGACGCUGGUGUACAAAACCGAAAGUAAAAGCUCAUUGGAAGCAUAGAAAUAGCGCACAUAGAACAGAUCUAUCUGUUCUUAGACUUGCUUUCAAUGAGAAUGACAGAUCUAUGACUCUCAUUUCUUUGUGAAUUUUGUUGGGUUGCCCAAAAAGUUACAUAUUGCAGCUUUAACAUACAGAUGUAUACGCUAAUGCUAAGACCCUCAUGGGGUUUGAAUGAGAGUUGAAGCCAUGAGGAUGUGUACCUGAAUAAACCCCACUUUCCUCUCCCUCACCCCUCUUUACCCGUCUCUCCCGGCCUCCGCUUCUCUCUACCCAUCUCUCCUCCCUCCCUUACCCCUCUCUACACCUUCUCCCCCUCUCUCCCAGGGGUCACAACCAGAGGAUGGAGUUCCUUGGAGACUCCAUCAUGCAGCUAGUGGCUACAGAGUACCUCUUCAUCCAUUUCCCCGACCACCACGAAGGACACUUAACGGUAAGGACUUCCAAGCAAACCCCUAAUGUCUUUCAUCUCUUCUUCCUCUUCAUCAUGCACUCCUCUUUCUCUCUCUGUGCUCUCUGCUCUCUCUCUCUCUCAAUCUUUCUCUGUGCUCUCCAUCUCUCUUCCUCCAUCUUUGUCUCUCCGUCGGUUCCUCCCUCUACCAUGAACAUCUAUAAGCAGUAGUAUGUACGAAUCUUUGUUUUCUCUGGCCCAUCUGUGUUAUUCACUGUGUCCUUUCCUCCUCCGCUGCACUUACUAGUGCACCUCUCUUUAGCUCUUCCUCCUCUCUUUGUAUUCCUCCCUCUUUCUUUCCAUGAGAGAUGGGUAGCCAAUUGUGUUAUGGGAAAGUGGCUUUGUCUUUAAUAGCAGGCUCUUUGUAAUGUACUCCCCUGUGAUGGCUGUAGAGUACAGAUGGAGAGAGAUGGACUGUCUCCAUAUUGAUGGUGCUGUAUCAGUGUUUGGGGUUAUAGGGGUGUUUCUGUGUGCCUCUUAUAUUAAAGUACCCGCCGGAACAUUCCAUUCAUGAAUUUUCCAUCUUGUCAAUCAAUAUUGAAACAUCUGGUCUUUCUUUUUGGGUUAUUUUUCCUUCCAUUCUCUGCAGACAGAAAGAAAGGACAUAGUGUUAGUUCUGGAACCAAUUUGUCAUCAGUCUUAACUAAAAGCUGCUAAGUAAAAACAGAUCUCCAGUUAGAUAUUUAUCAGUGGAAGAGAGUAGAUGUGACAUCAAAGGGAUAAAAACCCUGCAGUGAAGCUUAGCUAAGAGACGGCGAGCUCUACGGAUGAUGUGAUGGUCCCGGCCUGCCCAAGAGUAGAAACAGACUCGGACUCAAAUGGAUUACAAGUAGAUAAGUGCUCAUUCAACAUGUGUAGCUUUUUAUAUGUGACUGUGUGUGUGUGUCGUUGAGACUGAGUUAGCUAAGAUGUCCCACAGCGUUUGAUCUACUCCAUCUCUACUUCUCUACUUUGUUUUCCCCUCUGCUAUUUUUAUAUUUAUGUUUAGAGCAGGAAAUACACUUGUCUUGUUUUGACAUAUCUUCAUCUGCAGAGCUUUGAGUCACAAUGUAAUAUUUAUGUGAAUGAAACAUUGAAUAGCCUGCACGGGAAAGCAUCUGUGAUGUAUUAGUCCAUAUGUUGGGGGGGUUUUGGCAUAUGUGCAAAAGUGUGUUUGUGAGACUUGGAUAUGUCUGUGUGUGUGUGUGUUCCACAGCUGUUGCGUAGCUCCUUGGUCAACAACCGUACUCAGGCCAAAGUUGCAGAGGAGCUGGGCAUGCAGGAGUUUGCGAUCACUAACGACAAAACUAAACGGCCAGUGGCCCUCCGGACCAAGACCCUUGCUGAUCUGCUGGAGUGUACGUAUACAGUUCACAGCCCUUUUGAAUAUACAUUUGCCGCCAAAAUAUAUUGGCACCCUUGCGCUUAUCUUAAAAAAUUCCCUUUUUUCUUCUAAAAUAAGUAGAAAUUGAAAACUUUUGGUCUCUACAGUUUAUUUGAUUUUCAACAUUGUAGAACAAUUUUUCUUUAUUAAGUUAGGUUAACAAUUUGUAUAUAAAAAAUAAAGGAAAAUGGCUGGGACAAAAUUAUUGGCACCUCGGAGCUAGUACUUGGUUGCACAGCCUUUGGCCAAGAUAAGUGCAGACAAAUGCUUCUUGUAGCCUCAUUGAGCUUGUUGCGCCUUUCUACUGCAAGAUUGUCCCACUCUUCAGCAGCAAACUGCUCUAAGGGGUGUCCUCAACCAACUGCUGUUUUCAGAUCUCGCCAUAGGUUUUGGAUGUGAUUCAGAUCUCGACUCUUUGAUCGACAAUUCAGAACAAUCCAGCGUUACUUCUUGAACCAUUCCUGUGUUCGGGGUCGUUGUCCUGCUGGCAGACCCAGAACCUUUAUUUUCUAAAUGAAAAUUGUAAACUGAAGUUUACAAAAAUAAAAGGUGUUCUGCAAUCCCAUAACAUGGUGUGGAGACCCAAAGUUUGUUUAAAUUAUUAUUAUUAUUAUUAUAAAACGUUUGGAAUUAUUUAAGAAAAGUGCAAGGGUAACAAUAUAUUUGACUGCAUCUGUAUAUAAUAAUAUAUACCAUUUAGCAGACACUUUAACCAAAGUAUGGGUGGUCCCAGGAAUCAAACCCACUAUCCUGGCGUUGCAGCUGCCUACUGAGCUACAGAGGACCACAAUCAUUGUCGUUUCAUGUGUACAGGUCUCACUUCUCUCUUAAAAACGGAUCGAUUGCCAUCAUGUCCGAGGCCUCUCCUUCUCUGCUUUCUCUCUGUCUGAGAUUUUUGAACACAAACCAUUGUCAUUUUUCGUGUACUGUACGAACAAGGCAUAGAUAUCCUUUAAACAAUGGAAUAUGUAUGUAAUUCUAUGGUUUCCCUAUAUGGACAAUGCUCUCUCCUUGAGGUUUUAAAAAUUGUCGUUUGCAUGUUCCUGUACGUAGGCUACAUGACCUCUCAUCUCUCCUUGACGUCUUUAAACUCUGAACUAUUGGCAUUUUGCAUUUUCUCUUUUCUUUAUCAAAGGCCAGUAAUAUAUGUUUAAUUAUCCUGUGGGAGUACAUGGACCUGGCCUUGUCCUUUGGCUCCUGAGCCCUUUGCUGCUUGCUUGGUGACCGGAGGGUUGAUGAAUGAGUCUGAGGUCUCCGUCUCAUGGCUAGUGAAAAAGGCAGGUUACAGCCCUCCCUCCACUUACUUGGCCUUCCAGUCUUUAGACAUCAAGGCUGAGUCGUGUCCUAAAUGGCACCAUAUUCCCUACAUAGUGCACUACUUUUGGCCAGCGCUCAUGCAUCUCAUCAAAAGUAGUGCACUAUGUAGGUACUAGGUUGCCAUUUGGGACGCAUCCUGAGACCAGGCCUGAGCAUUAGGGGGUUGGGGGGGUGGAGGGCGGGCUCAAGUGGCAGCAGCAUGACGAGGUGUACCAUACUGGAUGCUCUUCAAAAACCAAGCCACAAGAGGAUGACAUGCGCCGUGCACACACGCUCAGAUGUACACACAUGAAGUGAACACGAAACACUCAAAUUAUAUAGGGAGACCUUUGUACUUGGUGCCACAUACACAGACGUACACACACUAGAUUAUUUGCGUCCUCAAAUAUUAUUCAAAGGCCAGAGCAGAGAUGAUGACAACAGGGUUGAGGGGUUUGGGCUGAAAUUAGUGCUGCUCUUGAGCAUAUGAACAGUCAUGCCCUCUAGCUACACUGAACAAAAAUAUAAACGCAAUCAGUCAUUUGAAAUAAAUUCAUGGGUGCCGUGCAUUAUCAUGUUGAAACAUGAGGUGAUGGCGGCGGAUGAAUGGCACUGUGGAAUUGUUUUGUGACAAAACUGCACAUUUGAGUUGCCUUUUAUUGUCCCCAGCACAAGGUGCCCCUGUGUAAUGAGAACAGUCCCGUGUAGCUCAGUUGGUAGAGCAUGGCGCUUGCAACGCCAGGGUUGUGAGUUCGAUUCCCAUGGGGGACCAGUAUGGGGAAAAAAAGUGAAAAUGUACGCACUCACUACUGUAAGUCGCUCAAUAUGAGUGUCUGCUAAAUGACAAAAAUGUAGAAGUAAUGAUCAUGCUUUUCAAUCAGCUUCUUGAUAUGCCACACCUGUCAGGUGGAUGGAUUAUCUUGGCAAAGGAGAAAUGCUCACUAACACGGAUGCAAACAAAUUAGUGAUUUUUUGUUUGUUUUUGUUGUUGUUGAGAAAUAUGCUUUUUGUGAGUAUGAAACAUUUCUGGAAUCUUUUAUUUCAGCUCGUGAAACAUUGGACCAACACUUUACAUGUUGUGUUUAUAUUUUUGUUCAGUGUAGCUACGUACAUAAGUACUUAUAGCCCAGACUCUGUCAGCAUCCCAAAUGGCACCUUUUCCCUAUGUAGUGCACUUCUUUUGAUCAGAGCCCAUAGGGCUCUACUUUUGACUAAAACCAAUAGGGCCUGUUCAAAAGUAGUGCACUACAUAAGGAACAGCGUGCCCUUUGGAACACAGCCCCUCUCUCUACAGGGCCAUUGAAAUAUGACCUAUUACACCUCCUCUCUUCCCUUUGACUCCAGCCUGCCUUCUCUUGUGUAUGGGAGUAAGGUGAGAAUAAAACAAUAUGUGGUAGAAUGUGGUGACGUGUGCCAACAAGGGAGAUGACCGGUGUGCAUUCUGAAGGGACUGGGAGGAGUCCCAAAAAUGGUUUAGACAACCUGAAGAAGGGCCUGCAGCGGUAGACUUGUUAUUAUGUUCCAUUUCCUUUUGAUGUCUGUGCAAUUUUUAUGGUUGCCUUUAUUAUUGAGUCCAGGGCUCGUAAUAACAAAGCAUCUCGGAGUAGGAGUGCCGAUCUAGGAUCUGUCCAUAUAAUCUAAUUCGUUAUGAUCUAAACAGCGAAACUGAUCCUAGAUCAGCACUCCUACUCUGAGAAGCUUUGUGGAUACGGGCCCAGAUCGGCAGCAGCAGACAGCCAUCAUGGUCUAUCCGGUUCCAUUCAGUCGAUGGAUUAAAACCACUUCCAUAACCUCCCCCUCUCCUCUCGUGUUAAUGUUGUUGUUAACCACAAAGCAGCUUUUAUAUUUGUCCGACGUUACCUUCUUAAACAUCGGCUCUCCCUUUCAUCCCCUCCGUUAUCUAGCCUCUCCUCUCUUCCUCUCUCUUUCAUCACUCGUUCAUUGUUCUUUCCUCUCUUCUGUCAUCGGCAGCUUUCAUCGCGGCGCUCUACAUCGAUAAGGAUUUGGAGUACGUUCACACCUUCAUGAACGUCUGCUUCUUCCCUCGACUGAAGGUGAGUGUGCGUGCGCCGCGCGCAAUCUCCCAUGUGUGUCUGAACGCGUGCAUGUCUGAAGGUGAGGACUCACGCUCUCUCCUCUGAUCCCAUCGACAGCCAGCCUCCCCACAACCGCGAUAGGGCACUCACUCACCAAUCAAUGAGCACUCUUCUCUUCUCUUUUCUAUGUACUACCGGUAGAGAGGAGAGGAGAGGCCAGGGCAGCUAAUGGCUAAACUAAUAGCACUAGCUUUGAUGAGCGGCGCUCAAGUGGUGCUUGACUCCUCAACGGUCUUCGCAUGGAUGUACGGUCCUAUUGUAGUCAUCUUUAAUGGGUGCUGGUUGCGGUCGGGUCUAUGCUAGCUACUGUUAUUGGGUUGUUAGUGAAUGUUUAGAUAUUGAUCCCCCACCACCACUGAUGUAGCCAGCGCUGUUCUGUUCUAAGGUGUUGUUGCUGUUGUUUCUCAAGUGUUUCAGAUGGUGGGUGUGGUGUUCAUUCAGAAAGACCUCUCUUAAGCCUCCUUUCGUAUUAGAUGGCAGGAGAUGUGACGUAUCAGUAAAUUGGUGAGAUUUAGAGAAGUGAAUCUCUGUAAGAUGAAUAGGUUGGUGGACCUGCCACCCUCCUCCUCUCCCUCCCUUAAAAGAAGACAUUCUGUCUGUAGGAUGAACAGGUUGGUGGAACUGUUCUUCCUGUUAGAAAGGUCGAGAAAAAGACUGCUGCUUACACACACACACUAGGGCUACCUCCUUUUCACACUCACACACACUGUGUGAAGGUGAUGGCUCAGCCUACAGUGGUGUGCUAAUUGUGUCUGUGGGUCUUCUGGGAGGCUGGUUGGCCAUUGAGGAGCUGAGAGAGAGAGAGCGAGAGAGAGAUUUCCACCAGAAAGUUGUGAAAAAGACCCAACACAUCUCUUCACAUAGCCUUUCAGACUUUGUCCCAAAGGGCUCCCUAUAUUAUAAUAUAUUGGUGGGUGCUUAUAUUUGUCCAGGCCCCAUAGGGGCCACUAUUUCCUAAAGUUAUGCACUAUGUAGGGAAUAGGGAGCAAUUUGGGACACAGACUUUCUAAGAGGCUAUAUACACUGCUCAAAAAAAUAAAGGGAACACUUAAAAAACACAAUGUAACUCCAAGUCAAUCACACUUCUGUGAAAUCAAACUGUCCACUUAGGAAGCAACAAUGAUUGACAAUAAAUGUCACAUGCUGUUCUGCAAAUGGAAUAGACAACAGGUGGAAAUUAUAGGCAAUUAGCAAGACACCCCCAAUAAAGGACUGGUUUUGCAGGUGGUGACCACAGACCACUUCUCUGUUCCUAUGCUUCCUGGCUGAUGUUUUGGUCACUUUUGAAUGCUGGCGGUGCUUUCACUCUAGUGGUAGCAUGAGACGGAGUCUACAACCCACACAAGUGGCUCAGGUAGUGCAGCUCAUCCAGGAUGGCACAUCAAUGAGAGCUGUGGCAAGAAGGUUUGCUGUGUCUGUCAGCGUAGUGUCCAGAGCAUGGAGGCGCUAUCAGGAGACAGGCCAGUACAUCAGGAGACGUGGAGGAGGCCGUAGGAGGGCAAAAACCCAGCAGCAGGACUGCUACCUCCGCCUUUGUGCAAAGAGGAGCAGGAGGAGCACUGCCAGAGCCCUGCAAAAUGACCUCCAGCAGGCCACAGAUGGGCAUGUGUCUGCUCAAACGGUCAGAAACAGACUCCAUGAGGGUGGUAUGAGGGCCCGACGUCCACAGGUGGGGGUUGUGCUUACAGCCCAACACCAUGCAGGACGUUUGGCAUUUGCCAGAGAACUCCCAAGAUUGGCAAAUUCGCCACUGGCGCCCUGUGCUCUUCACAGAUGAAAGCAGGUUCACACUGAGCACGUGACAGACGUGACAGAGUCUGGAGACGCCGUGGAGAACGUUCUGCUGCCUGCAACAUCCUCCAGCAUGACCGGUUUGGCGGUGGGUCAGUCAUGGUGUGGGGUGGCAUUUCUUUGGGGGGCCUUACAGCCCUCCAUGUGCUCACCAGAGGUAGCCUGACUGCCAUUAGGUACUGAGAUGAGAUCCUCAGACCCCUUGUGAGACCAUAUGCUGGUGCGGUUGGCCCUGGGUUCCUCCUAAUGCAAGACAAUGCUAGACCUCAUGUGGCUGGAGUGUGUCAGCAGUUCCUGCAAGAGGAAGGCAUUGAUGCUAUGGACUGGCCCGCCCGUUCCCCAGACCUGAAUCCAAUUGAGCACAUCUGGGACAUCAUGUCUCGCUCCAUCCACCAACGCCACGUUGCACCACAGACUGUCCAGGAGUUGGCGGAUGCUUUAGUCCAGGUCUGGGAGGAGAUCCCUCAGGAGACCAUCCGCCACCUCAUCAGGAGCAUGCCCAGGCGUUGUAGGGAGGUCAUACAAGCACGUGGAGGCCACACACACUACUGAGCCUCAUUUUGACUUGUUUUAAGGACAUCAGAUCAAGGUUGGAUCAGCCUGUAGUGUGGUUUUUCACUUUAAAUUUGAGGGUGACUCCAAAUCCAGACCUCCGUGGGUUGAUAAAUUUGAUUUCCAUUGAUAAUUUUUGUGUGAUUUUGUUGUCAGCACAUUCAACUAUGUAAAGAAAAAAGUAUUUAAUAAGAUUAUUUCAUUCAUUCAGAUCUAGGAUGUGUUAUUUUAGUGUUCCCUUUAUUUUUUGAGCAGUGUAUUAUUGCUUCAUAGAAUCUUCUGGAAGAAAGUAAAAGGACAUAUAUGGUACCAUUAUGUCCUUGUAAUCUUUGCCUUUGAGUACACGUGUGUGUGUGUGUGUGUACGUAGUUGUGCGAUGUAUGUGCAUGUGUUUUGGGAUCAAAACAAAAUAGUACAAAUCUUUUAUUGCUGAAGGCAAGAAGGAGGGGUAGGGAUGCCCCCCAGAGAGGGAGAGGGAACGAAAAAGAGGGAGUCGAGAGAGAGCAUCGGCUACAAGGGCAUGCGGAACCCCUCUUUGUAGAAAAUGAAUAGGAACAGACAGUUAUAGAUUCAAAGUGUCCCUUUUAUAUCAUGGCUGCUUUCCUGUUAAUGGAAGUGCUUUUAGAAGUCCCUUUGGAUUGGAGAAUGUAUCAGGCCUGCACACCUGGGAGACUCCCAGAGAGAGAGAGAGCUCUGUAUUUCUGGCUCUGCUAGGAGCAGGCAGGAGACACUUUUGUCUUAAGUAGCCUGUGAUUUGUGCCCACUGCAGAGAGAGAAAAGUCAGGGAGAUAGAGAGAGCCAAAGAAGAACAAAAAGUGAGAGUAGGAUAAGAGGUGGAAAGCGGGAAAGAGAGUCAGGGAAGCAAUGAAAGCAGGGGAAAGGGAGGGGAAGAGAGGUAGAGAGUUUGUAAUUGUUGCUCGACAGUAUUUGUGAAGUGUUAAAUGUGUGUGUGUGUGUUGCAGGAGUUUAUCCUGAACCAGGAUUGGAACGAUCCUAAAUCCCAGCUCCAGCAGUGUUGCCUGACCCUGCGCACGGAGGGCAAGGAGCCCGACAUCCCCCUCUACAAGUAAGCUACUGCUCCCUCCAUACAACCUGUUCUCUCCCGCUCUUGCUUUCUCUCUCGCUCCCUUUCUCUCUCGCUCUCUCUCUCUCAUUCUCUCAACAUCAGCUAUUUAAUUUUUCCUACUUUCACGUGCUUAUCUCAAAUGGAGUAAUGAAAAGCCACUGGAGGAGUGUGUGAAAUGAAUAAUCCCCCCCCCACACACACACACACACACAUUUAUUUAUCCCCCCCCCCCCCCCCCCAUUCACCACACACAGGCAACCUUGACAGGCUCCCCUAACAGAACAUAGUGAAUGGGUGUGAUGUGUUGUGUAAAGGUCUUUGUUGUUGGGAUAAAUAAACACUACUUUCAAAGAAACCUCUUAUUUGACAAAAGGUCAAGGGGCAAGUGUCGUUUGACGGACAGCUUUCCAAAUUCCAAGGCGAAAUGAACUAGGCUAAGUGUCUCCCUGAUAACUGACAACCGUGUGUAUGUGGGUUACAGGACCAGCCUGUUUUGAAUUCACCACAGUGUAUUAAGAACUUGAGAGAUUUGAUUCGGAUUAAGGUCUGAAUAUUUAAUGAGAAGCAACACAGGGGUUCUGAUAGCAGGGUUUCGGAUGUGUCUGAAAUGGCACCCUAUUCCCAAUAUAGUGCACUACUUUUGACCAGGUCAAAGAUAAAGCAUUAUAUAGGGGAAUAGGGUGCCAUUUGGGACGCACUUUGGUGGUCGGCUCUUUCUCUAAUAGGGUAUUAUCAUAAUUGUCAUAUUUUCACAGUAUUAUUCCAACCUCAUAGUGUGGAUAUAUAUAUAUACACACACACACUACCGUUCAAAAGUUUGGGGUCACUUAGAAAUGUCCUUGUUUUUGAAAGAAAAGCAAUGUUUUUGUCCAUUAAAAUAACAUCAAAUUGAUCAGAAAUACAGUGUAGACAUUGUUAAUGUUGUAAAUGGCUAUUGUAGCUGGAACGGCAGAUUUUUUUGGGGGGUGGAAUAUCUACUACAUAGGCCCAUUAUCAGCAACCAUCAGUCCUGUAUUCCAAUGGCACGUUGUGUUUGCUAAUCCAAGUUUAUCAUUUUAAAAGGCUAAUUGAUCAUUAAAAAACCCUUUUUGCAAUUAUGUUAGCACAGCUGAAAACUGUUGUGCUGAUUAAAGAAGCAAUAAACUGGCCUUCUUGAGACUAGUUGAGUAUCUGGAGCAUCAGCAAUUGUGGGUUCGAUUGCAGGCUCAAAAUGGCCAGAAACAAAGAACUUUCUUCUGAAACUCGUCGGUCUAUUCUUGUUCUGAGAAAUGAAGGCUAUUCCAUGCGAGGAAAUUGCCAAGAAACUGAAUAUCUCGUACAACGCUGUUUACUACUCCCUUCACAGAACAGCACAAAUUUGCUCUAACCAGAAUAUAAAGAGGAGUGGGAGGCCCCAGUGCACAACUGAGCAAGAGGACAAAUACAUUAGUGUCUAGUUUGAGAAACAGACGCCUCACAGGUCCCCAACUGGUAGCUUCAUUAAAUAGUACCCCCAAAACACCAGCCUCAACGUCAACAGUGAAGAGGCGACUCUAGGUGGAGUUGCAAAGAAAAAGCCAUAUCUCAGACUGGCCAAUAGAAAUAAAAGAUUAAGAUGGGUAAAAUAACACAGACACUGGACAGAGGAAGAUUGGAAAAAAGUGUUAUGGACAGACAAAUCGAAGUUUGAGGUGUUCGGAUCACAAAGAAGAGCAUUUGUGAGACGCAGACCAAAUGAAAAGAUGCUGGAGGAGUGCUUGAUGCCAUCUGUCAAGCAUGGUGUAGGCAAUGUGAUGGUCUGGGGGUGCUUUGGUGGUGGUAAAGUGAGAGAUUUGUACAGGGUAAAAGGGAUCUUGAAGAAGGAAGGCUAUCGCUCCAUUUUGCUACGCCAUGCCAUACCCUGUGGACGGCACUUGAUUGGAGCUAAUUUCCGCCUACAACAGGACAAUGACCCAAAGCACAGCUCCAAACUAUGCAAGAACUGUUUAGCGAAGAAGCAUUCAGCUGAUAAUCUGUCUAUAAUGGAGUGGCCAGCACAGUCACCGGAUCUCAACCGUUGUGGGAGCAGCUUGACCGUGUGGUACGUCAGAAGUGCCCAUCAAGCCAAUCCAACUUGUGGGAGGUGCUUCAGGAAGCAUGGGGUCAAAUCUCUUCAGAUUACCUCAACAAAUUGACAACUAGAAUGCCAAAGGUCUGCAAGGCUGUAAUUGCUGCAAAUGGAGGAUUCUUUGACGAAAGCAAAGUUUGAAGGACACAAUUAUUAUUUCAAUUAAAAAUCAUUAUUUCUAACCUUAUCAAUAAAAAAAUAGUUCAACUGACAUUGUUACUAGGUAACAUGUUCGCCACAAACAGAACCCUUGUUGAACUCACCUAGACAUUGAUGACCCCUCACCCUGAACCACCACUCUAUAUGAGUCUUGGUGUAGGAGGGUUUAAAGUGCAUUACACACAGGGUUACUCAAGCGCUUUUAGCAUGAAGUUAAUUGGCGAGUCACACAGGGUUAUAGGCCCCCUUCAGAGAGCGACUACUCUCCCCCUCACUAGCUGUACGAAGAACUAGACUGAGUCUGUGGCCAUUAUUACAGAAUCUAAGAGCCUGAGAGAAAGUCACAAACUGCCUGUACUGUACUUUUUCUAUCUGUCGCCACUUUCAUUCAUUCAUUGUAUUUAUUUAUGCAGGACAAUCCACUCGGUAACAAUUGCCUGUUUUCCAGGGUAGCCUGUGAUCCAUAAAAUCAAUACAAACAUACAUAUUAUGUCUGUCUGUACUCUACUGUAUGUGUGAUCUGCUUGGAAGUGAUAGUUCACUAAUGCUACCGAAUAUCCCCAUAUUCUAACGUUUUCUCUGGUUUCUGCUGCUUUCAGAGAUUCUAAUUCCAAGUGACAGUUUUCCCUGUCGAGGUUUGUUUCAGAAUUCAGCAGGGCUGAGGAACCGUUAGUAUUUGUUCAGAACAUGCCACAGGCCUCUUCAUUUGUAAGUGAGAAAUAUGAUUGAAUUAUUGAUGAAAUGCCGUAAGUGACCACAUUGCAUAAAACAUUUAUAGCACCCCUGAAAUAAAUAAAUUGUCUGUUAAUAAUUUAGGGUGUCGGUGUGUGGUUUAUGCUAAUGUUAACAUUUUAGACAUCUACAAGUGUUGUUUGUUUACUUGUCCUCUGUUCUCCCUGCUGGAAUCUAACUGAAAAUGGUGAUGUCAAAUGUAUUUUUAAAUGUUUCAUAUGAUAUGAUUGUGAUAUCUUUUUCCAUGUCUUUCUCCCUGAGUUUGCUGGUUGCUCAUGUAUUUCUACAUAACACCAAAGCCUGAUGGUCCGUCAGAGAGCAUUGUCAUUAUUUUACUUCUUUGUUUUUGUCUUCUGUGUAGCAGAAGAACACGCAUCUUUUAUACCAUCCAGUGAUGAUGAGGGGCCUUUUAUUGCCUUUAUUGUAUCUGUCCCUCAGAUGGCUUGUGUACACUGUCAAGCCACGCCCAGACGAAUGAAAGUGUUCUCAUGUAUUUUCCUCUCUUUUUCAUCUCUCUCUCAACCCAGGCCAGUCUUUAGCACGCAGGCAGGCAGUUUUUUUGUUCAGAAGAACAAUACCAACGUUGAGUGUCCUUGAGCUUUCUCACUUCUGUCAUUAUUUCUCUCCUCCUGUUUUCCUCUCUUUCUCUGUCGCUCAUCCCAUCUCCUUUUCAACCGUUUGUUGCAGGACCCUGCAGACAGUGGGGCCGUCUCACGCACGGACCUACACUGUGGCUGUGUACUUCAAAGGAGAGAGGAUA